CAAGUUCUAGGACAGAAGCAUAAAAUCCUCUCCUGGGGAUCGUCAGAGGAAAAACCUAUGCCUCCAAAGCGUCUGCCUCGGCAGCCCAUCGCUCAGCCUCAUCCCGCUGUCUUUGCACCUGCAUCCGGCUUAAGCUGUCCAAGAGACAAGAAUCUGGCUGAGGAAGAGUGAUUGGCCCAAAGUCACCCUGGGAACCCCCAAGGCUAAAGGAGAAACUAAGGUUAAAUAAAUUUUAAAAUGCAUUCUGAAAAUCUGGGAGUUUUGCUAACACUGAUCUUUAGCUUUAUCAGCUCAGGAAAGCUCUGCGAAAGGCACUCACCUAUUAAUGUGCUAGAAGAAGAAUACUUUUCAUUUUGCUGCCCUAAAAAACCACAGCAUGAAGGACAAGCUAUCCAUUGGUUCUAUAAAGGAAAAAAAGGAGAAAAAGUGCAAAUUCAUGGAGAUAGCAGAAUUGAUUUGAAUGGGUCUAAUUUGCGAUUUUGGCCAAUUUUACUGAAUGAUACUGGAAUCUAUCAAUGCUGUAUCGGAAAUGGAACCUGGGAGGGAUACCCUAAGGAAUGGUCCUUAAAUGUCAUCAAGAGAAAUAAAAACAAUUGUUUCACGGAAGAGCAUUUGCUUACUGGAAGAGAUGGAAUAAUUGGGACAAGCUAUCCUUUCACAUGCAGUAGUACAAAUAGUGCAAAUGUUAUCAGCAUAACCUGGUAUAAGGACUGCAUAGAGAAUAUUAAUAAGAAAGGUGAAGAAGAAUGGCACAUUGAUCAAUUAACAGAAAAGGAUGGUGGAAAAUACACAUGUGUAAAAACAAUUCUUCAUGCAGGAAAGAAAUACAACAGCACAAGUACCACCAAUUUAAAUAUUAAAGGUACUGAAGAAAAAGUAACUCCAAAGCUAAUUGGACCUGGUCAUAAAAUUUUCAAAACUGAAAUAGGUAAAGAGGAAAUCCUAAAUUGCACAGCAUUUUUAGGUUAUUCGAAGAACUUUGUUGAAUUCCCCUAUGAACUCUAUUGGAUUGUGCAUGAUGACCUUAUAGAAACAUGUCAGAGUAAUAGUUCACUGUGUCAAAAGACAGAACAUAAAUAUGAUGAAAAUGGAAAAAAAUAUGUUAUGAAACAACUUUGGUUUAAAGGUGUGAAAGAAAAGAACUUCAAUUCUUCAUACAAAUGCGUCUUUUCUGAAAAUGGUUUUGAAGAGCAAACAUUUAUAUUGCAAAAAGAAUCUAAUCCAGAUUUACCAGUUCAUGCCUUUACUACUGGAAUGAUAAUGGCCAUAAUGUUUUCCUUUAUUGCUGUCCUGAUAGUGAUUCUCUGUGUAAUAUUCAAGAUUGAGCUUGUUUUAUUGUUCAGAGAUAUAACAGGAAAGGAUGAAACACUGGGAGAUGGAAAACUUUAUGAUGCUUUUGUGUCUUACCUGAAAGACUCUACACCAAUAUGUGGUGAAGAGAGAAAAUUUGCUCUGGAGAUACUGCCUAAAACAUUAGAAGAUCAUUUUGGAUAUAAGCUAUGCAUUUUUGAACGAGAUAUUUCCCCUGGAGGAG